AUGACCCCUACAGAAGACGAUGGCUUCUUUGAUGUCACUCUUCUGAGCCAUCCGAUGGCACGGAGCAUAGAUGAGCUGUGGGCAGGCAAGACAGAUAUCAAAGAGCGACGCCGAUUACAAAACCGACUGAAUAGACGAGCUUAUCGGAAGCGCCAGGUUGAACAAAAGCUGCUUCGGGAGAGGACAAUGACUGAGGCUGGCCCGGAAUCCCAAAAAGGCCGUCAUCAUCGAGCGCCCAGAAUCCCUGGGGUUGGCGUCUUCGCCCUCGCAGAGAAGGACAGCGUGACAUCAGAUGAACCAAUCUCCCUAAACUCCUUGGUAUCUGCAGCUGGAAAGCUUUCCACAGGAGCCAACAAAACCAUGUCAUUUGAAUCGUCAACCCUGUCAAGGGGUCAUCAGAUCAAUCUCAAGCUCGUGCAGUCAUGGUGUCGAAGAUUCGAAGAGUCGAUGUUGGGCGCCGGCUCUAUUGGCGUCGAGUUCAGUGAUGAAGAUGCCGCGGUGACAGAUUCGGAUCCUGUCGUGUUCGAAGAAACCCUCAUCUAUACCAUGGACAUCCGCUAUCACACCUUCAUCCCCAACCCAGAAGAUCAGCUUCUCAACCUGAUGUACUACAACGUUUUCCGUGGACUGGCUAGAAACAUCAGAGCCUUGAAUAUGGAAAUACACUUUAUGUCCUCCUGGGCUUCGGACAGCCCUUUUGUCACUGGUCAAAUUGACAUCUCCACGCUGCCACCGGAUUUCCAGCCGACAUACCUCCAACGAACCGUGUCGCACCACCCAUGCUUUGAUAUAUUCCCUGACCCCGUUGUGAGGGACAAUGCUAUAGAGCACUGGUAUAUCGAAAAACAUCCACUGGAGGGGAGAUUAUGUAUGGCGAUUGCUGGUAGGCAUACCUGGCAUGAGAUUGACCUUGCUCUGAGACAUGGUUGCGUGCUUUGGGGCGAGCCGGAUGUCGUAGAGAGUUGGGAGGUCACUCGGGGCUUUGCAGACGACUGGCCUUUUCUGGUCAAAGGCGCUUUUCGCCUUGAAGCCGCAACGAAUCGAUAUAGAGCGCUGCGAGGCGAGCCGCCAAUUUUCUUUGCGUGA